ACGGAAGCAUCGACGCCGGCUCAACCCAUCGCCAAUGCCGUAUCCGAGACGACUCACAAAGUAAUAGGAAUGGAUAAAGAUGGGGAUAUGUCUGGUGUACCAGCAAAGAAAUCUCGUGUCGAAGUGCAAUCUCUUCCAACUAGACAGUAUUUGGAUCAGACAGUAGUGCCGAUAUUGCUACAAGCGUUGUCUUGUUUAGCCAAAGAGAGACCCGCUGAUCCUAUAAGCUUUCUCGCUGGCUAUUUACUUAGAAACAAGAGUCAGUACGAUAACGGCGGCUCGCCGCCGACUAGUCAGUGAUUGCUUCCCUGUCCAUGUGCGCAUUUUAUGGUAAUAUAUGAACUUUACUUCCUAAAAAUCUCUUUUUGAUACUUCAAGGACAUAUUUACGUUAUAUACGUAUUAUGUACUUGUGUAUUUUUGAACGAAAUAAAAAUGAAUUAGCUCCCUAUUGUAGGGACAGUAGUGACUUUUUAGCGGAGUAAUAUAGUGUUAUUCUGUGGAAUGCAAAAUAUACGUUUUUUAAAUAUUGAAAUUAUUUUAAAUAAAUAUUGUUUUUUAUAUAAAAGUAAUAGCAACAUCAGAAUUACCCUAAUUGCAAUAGCAGUUAUAGAAUUGAUAUUAAAUUGUUAUUGACACAUAAUA